AUGAUAGCCAUGGGCCGUUCGAUUUUGUUCCUCAGCCUAAUCGCCGUCAUCGCCGUCCUCCCCCGCGCCCACCUCUCAUAUGCACACAAAUGGAACGAGGGACAACCACAAAAGGAUAGCAAGCUACUGACACGCAAAGAAUGGCGGACAUUAACGCAUAGCGAGAAAGCCGAGUGGGUAGGAGCUAUCAAGACGCUGCUUGAGGGGAGGAGGAGCCUGUACGAUGACUUCUCUUACUCGCACGCAUCAGUAGAGCACAGCACGCAUAGAAAUGCAUACUUUUUGCCGUGGUACCGCUGGUUUACGUACCUAUUCGACCCCUCCUUCCGCCACACUUACGGACCUGUUCGGCUCGCCAGUGUUCGAGUACUCACCGGAGAUCCCCAUAAGCUGCCUCAAAACCGCACCCUCGGCCCGGACUUUAUACGCAACUCGACCGAGCAAACCACGGGCGACUUCUUCAGGUUCCAGCACGCAAUAACACUACUGCACAACCACCUACCCAAUUUCGUUAGGGGCGACUUAGCGGGAGACCACCCGAAGGUCCUGUCGGAGGAGGAUUAUCAGAGCAUGGCAACCAGCUUCACGCCUAAUGACCCACUCUUUUGGCUGCAUCAUACGCAACUUGACCGGUUUUGGAUGGCAGCGCCAUCACCCAUCCAACUUCGCCACCUUUUCCGAUCAUCAGAUGUCCUUCGACGUUCAGAGUCUGCCCAUGGCGCCGAGGAGGGUGUUUGA